AUGAUAAUAAAAAAUGCUAAAAAAAGUGAACCUUGGGAGGUUGAAACUUUUUGGGAAUGGAUCCCAUCUGAAAAAAGAAAAUUGUAAGCCAAUUAAGAUUGCUUGGAUCAAAAAAUAUUACCAUAUGAGAAGAUCUAUACUAAAAACCAAUCUAAAUCAAAAGAAAGGGAUAAUUAUAAUGAAUUUGAAAAUAAUUUAAAAUAAACAUUAAAUGUUCAACAAUGGAAUCCAAACUCGAUUAACUCUAAAGAUAGGCCUUUAUCCGCAAAGCUUAACAGUAGUAUAUAAACUGGAAAAAAGACUUUGCAAAAUAACUUCAUGAAUGAAACUUCAAAAAAUAUAUUUUCUGAUCCAAAAUAACAGCUAAAUAAGGAUGAAAUUAAGCCACUAAAUAAUAAAUAAAAGAAAAAAAUAGAAGAAGAGCUAAGAAAAUAUGAUGAAUUUAGAAAAUAUUAGACAGAAUAAGAAGCAAAAGAUAGAAAUAAAAAUUUACUUUUUUUUAAUGCAAGAUUUCCUCACAUCAAAAUUGGCGAAUACUAUAAAGUAAGCAAUGGAUGGGAAAAAAUACCUUUGAUAGAAGAAUUACCACAAUCACCUUAAAAAGGUAGAAUUCCAGAUGAUUUACUGGGCUAAGCUCAUAUUGAAGGAUAAAAGAUUAAAUAGAAAAUUGUGUUUUAUAAAGAAGAUAAAAACGAAGGAAUAUCCUCUAUUUAAGAUAAUGAAGAUAUUAAAGCAAUCUAAAAUGAAAUUUUAGCUCUACAAGAACCUGUAAAAAAUUAAAACAAUGCAGAAAAAAAUCAAAAAAGCACAGGGAACAGCAUAUUUACAAAUAAAAAAUUAUAAGAGCAAAGAGAAUCUGUAAAGAUUUAAUAGGAAAUCAAUAAACUAUUAGCCAAGAAUAGUAAAUAGAUAUAACCGAAGACUGGUAAAGAGGCAUUUGGAGUUCAUAGAAAAAGAGAAAUAAAUUCUUUUUUAGAUAUGAGAAAGAUGAUGAAAGUUUCUUCUAAAGUAGAUAAUAUGUUUAAUAAAAUUAAAAAAGGUUAUCCUCAAAUUUUGGAAUUUGCAGAUGAGCACAUGGACGAAAUGAAUGAAAUAAGAGAAAAAUUAUAAAAUAGAAGCUUGGAUCUAUCCUUAGAAAGAUAAUUAGAUGAAAUGGAGUAUGAUUAAGGGAAGCUAUACGAUGAAUAACAUAAAAACGAAUAAAAAGGGAAUGAAAAUGAUAAUAAUUAAGAAGAAUAGAAUCUUUAAGAAGACCGUUUUUAAGAAGGCUCAUAGAAUUAACAAGAAAUCGAAUAGGAUUAGCAAGAAAAUUAGCAAAAUUCAAUGGAUGACUUAUAAAAUUUUAAUGAUGAAAAAGGAGAUUAAAGUCUCCAAGAAGAUAAUUAAAACCAAGAAAAUGACUUGUUUGGUAUGGAAGAAAUUCAAUUAGGAGAUUAAGCUGCAGCAAGUCCAAAACCAAAAAUUCAAAAAUAACAAUAAGUUAAAAUGACAACUUUUUUGACAUAAGAAAAAGUUGAAAAAGUUAAUUCAAAAGUGUCUAAAGUUAAAGAUACUUAACUAAAAUCAUAGAGAGCUCAAUUUAUGGAAAGCCUUAUGAAUGAGAUUGAUUUAGGUGAUGAUGAACUGUUUGAAGAAUUUGAUAGUUAAGCUAAAAAAUAUUAAGAGGAAUAUGAAGAAAAAGAUGAUAACAACUUAUAUGAUUCUUUGGAAAUAAAGCCAAUCAAAAAAGCAUAAAAAAGCAAAUAGGGUUAAAUCUAAGAAAUAGGUGUUUAAUUUUAGAAUAACAAAUUAAUCGAAAGACUUGAAAAUGCUGAUGAAGAUAGUUAAGAUAAUCAAAAUUAAAAUUCAUAAAAUAUUUUAAAAGAUUUAGAAAAAUAAGAAUAAGAAAAUAGUUAAGGAGAAGAAAACGGACAAGUGGAAAAAUAAUCAGAAAGUAAAUUAGAAAAAUAGUAAGGAAGUAUUAGAAGUAAAACUAAAUCCUAAGCAUAGAGUGAAACUUUUGAUGUAGGAGAAGAUAAAAAGUAGCUAUGGUAAAAAGAAGUACUGUUAGGUAAUCAUAGAGCUUAUUUGGAUGAUAAUUAGAAAUUUGAUCCUGAAAAAUUUGUAAAGGAUGUUGAUGAGGAAACAAGAGAUAAAUGCAGAGAUAAAGUGAAAGAAGACAUUAAAAAAUUGGAAGAUAAAACAAAAAGGAAAAUCGACAUAAUUAAAGGAGGAAGUGUAUAAAAAAGAUCAUUAAUGCUUAAAGAAAAAUCAGAAAAAUUAAACAAAAUUAAUUCAAGAUUUUAGAAGUCUUUGUAGUAAAUAAAAGAUACUAUGGAUUAGUCUAAGAAAGACUCUGCUGUAAUAGAUAAGAAGCCUUCAUCAAAGCAGCUAUUAGAAUAGGCUGCCACAAAAAUACUAAAAGAAACUUAAAAAAAUACUGAAAGCCAUAAGAGAUUAAAAAUUGAUAAUGCAACAUAAAACGAAAUCAAAAAACAUGAAUUUAAAUUUUAUUAAAAAGAGAAAGUAAAUGAUGAAGAGCCCCAUCCUUGGUUAUGA